AAUUGGACACACGGAAGUGGCUUCCAAGCAUCACAUUCCAAAGCUGCAACAUCUACUCUUCCUCUUCAGUCUGCUGCUGCUCCUGCUGCAAACUUCAUAGAAUGAACACUGCAAAAAGAGCUGCUCAGCUUCUCUCAACUCAGAACAUCAGGUCCCUCUUUGACUCUGUUGAAGCCUUUCUCUUUGACUGUGAUGGUGUUAUUUGGAAAGGUGAUAAACUCAUUGAUGGGGUCUCUCAAACAUUGGACUGGCUUCGUUCUAAGGGAAAGAAACUUGUUUUUGUGACCAACAAUUCAUUAAAAUCAAGAAUCCAAUAUGCCAAGAAGUUCCAUUCACUUGGAAUCUCUGUUGCUGAGGAUGAGAUAUUCUCCUCCUCUUUCGCGGCGGCGAUGUACUUAAAAGUCAAUAACUUUCCUCAGGAAAAGAAGGUUUAUGUGAUAGGCGGGGAAGGUAUAUUGGAAGAGCUACAGCUCGCGGGAUAUACAGGUCUUGGUGGCCCUGAAGAUGGUGAAAAACGAGUAGAGCUGAAACCAAAUUCCCUCUUUGAACAUGAUAAGAGUGUUGGAGCGGUUGUGGUUGGAAUAGACCCACGCAUCAACUAUUACAAGCUUCAGUAUGGAACCUUAUGCAUACGUGAGAAUCCUGGUUGCCUUUUUAUUGCUACGAAUCGUGAUGCGGUGGGACAUAUGACUGAUUUACAGGAGUGGCCUGGUGCGGGCAGUAUGGUUGCUGCCAUGUGCGGUUCAACAGAAAGAGAGCCUAUUGUAGUUGGAAAACCAUCAACAUUUAUGAUGGACUUCUUAUUACAAAAGUUUCACAUCAAUACCUCCAAAAUGUGUAUGGUGGGUGAUAGAUUAGAUACUGAUAUAUUAUUUGGACAAAAUGCUGGCUGCAAAACUCUCCUAGUUCUUUCAGGCGUAACAACUCAAACCACUCUUCGAGAUCCAUCAAACAGUGUCCAGCCAGAUUAUUAUACAAGCCAGGUGUCUGACUUGCUUCACUUGCUGGGACCAUAACCUCAUUAUUCGCCUGCCGGUCAUUCGUACCAGCAUGUUAACAGUGCUGGUAGUCAAUUCCUAUUUUGACUCUAUUAAAUCUCAGAGUUACUGAACGUUUUUACUGGCGUUUUCUCACCUUUGAUGCCACUUUCUCAGCAUUUGAGAAAAAUAAUAAUGCUAUCACCGUGUUGUUUCUGGCUUGCAAAGCUAUGUAGCAGAAACACUUAUAAAUGCUUAUUCAUAGAACACUUUAAGUUCUUAAUUACAA